UUCCAACUGAACCACAUGGGCCGCCCUGAACGUGUACACUCAUUUUAUUAUUAUAUCUACCGCUGUUCUGCAUCCUGCAGCUCGGUCUUUCUAAUACCAACGUUCACUGACGACUAGGGAGUUGUGAUUACUCGAUCUUAUUUCACGUCAUCAUUGUGGCAAUCGAUAUUGGCGCCAGUCGUAUAAAAUACGCCCACCGCAAUUCUUCUCUCCCUUGGUUUUACUUUCUGCCCUCCAAGCGCAUUUUCAAAUGGUCAUCAAACCCAUAUUUCACAACGUCCUGCGUUUUGGUUCAUUCCCCCUUCAUGGGUCCGGCGAAGGCAUCCUGGCGAGGGCGGCCAAUGCGUCUGUUCCACCAUUGGUGAAUUUCCAAGUUCAACAACCUCCUGCGUUGCCGUAUGAUGUGAAAUGUACUGUUGUUCUCACACAUCACCUGUUCGGGAACUCGUAUUACCAACCUGCCAUAAUUGACUACAUCCCUCCAUCCAAUUGCGGUCCAGUAGGGAAAUGGGCUGGUAUCUCAAUGAACUUGACUGGAACAUCGAAUGGUACCCAAUAUGAUAGACUGGCUGCCGUCACAUUCAGCCAAGUGGAAAUCUGGCGCACGUCUACUGCUGAGCCGACGAAGACUGGUAUUAUUUGGACCGUUCUUAAAGACGUUUCUCGCUAUAUGCCUCUCUUUGCCCAACCUGGACGCAUGAUUCUAGACCUUAAUAACAUUAUUGAUCCAAAGCUAAGACUCACUGGCGAAUAUGACGUCACUCUCAGUGCAACGUUCCACGAGGCCACUCAUUCCUACCCUGCGGCGAGGUCGUCGGACCUUAUCAUCCCAUUGUCAAACUUGUCACCCGACCAACCAAACUACUUCUCAGUCCCUCCAUCUUAUAACAUGACCGUCUUUUUCCCUACGAAUAUCGCUGAAGCCUAUGCUGAAAUCUACGCCUCGGGAAAUGCACAAGAAGAGUUUUGGUACUUGAAUGCUGCUGAUGAAUACUUCGGGUACAUUCCUCCCAACACUACGUAUCAAACUGGACCCUUCCGGGAAGUCAGGGUUCUCGUUGAUGGGCAGUUAGCAGGGGUGGCAUUCCCGUAUCCUGUCAUCUUCACAGGCGGAAUCCUACCUAGUUUGUGGAGACCCAUCUCUGCGUAUGGAUCGCUUGAUCAGCCGACAUACAAGGUAGACCUGACUCCGUUUGUCCCCGUAAUUGCGGACGGAAAGGAACACAUCAUCACUCUUGACGUUGCUUCUGCCGAAACGAAACACAACAUCCUUGGUAACUGGUAUUUAUCUGGCAACAUCCAAAUCAUCCAAGACUCUACGUUAAAGCCCACUAAGGGGAAAAUUCUACAUUAUUCCGCUCCAUUUUACGCGUCUUCUGAUACCUCUGGAACCGUCACACCACAAAAUGGUUAUAACGAUGUGAAUAUAACUGUCACCGCUAUCCAUAAACUCAAUAUUGUAAGUGAGAUUACGACCGGAAGCGGAAAGACAACACUUGUGAAGUGGUCUCAAGACUUGUCAUACAAAAAUUUCCAAUCGUUCACUCAGAAUGGCAGUUACCAGAUCCUUCAUCAGACCGCUUUCGGUCAUUCACUCUCGAUGCACAAUGGCGUUCCAGCCGUGUUGGACAAGUUCACUUAUCCUCUUGAUGUUAUCUAUUACGAUAUUAGCUUCAGAAAUACCACCGGAUGGUAUGCUAGCGUGGAUCACUCGUAUGAUCGUAACGAGCUUCCUAGCCCCUUCAUCGAUGGGAGCUACAUCACCACACGUCAAUACGGAUCCGGCACAUGGCUCAAAACCAACGACGUAGUUAUCGCCAACGGCACCACAACCGAAUCCUUCAAAUAUUUGGACAACCUCGGCAACAGUUACUACCGAGACGUCAGCUCUACGAAUUCCAGUAUCACCAAGGACAAAGAGGGCGGUACGCUUGCAGGUACUUGGCCUCGGCCUUGGGCUCGUGGAGGUUCCUCUGGUGUGCCGAGAAGCGGCGCCCACAAUGGGUUUGUGGGGAGGUUGCUUGCGAAAGGGCGGAUCACGGUUCGGUAGCAUAUAAUCACAUAAUCGUUCAGCUGGAGGCAGUGCACGCUGCUGCUGCGAGCCUUUGAUCAUAAAUCGCGAAUAAAUUAAUCAUGUUCACAUCAAUUCUCGAGCCCAGG